AUGAAUUACACAGACCCGGUUGUGGAGAAGGCCGUCAACUCCUGGUCCAGAAUCGCCUCGGCCGGACAGUCUGUCCUUCUUGAGGCGUUACAGAUCCUCAACCCCAUGUCAAAGGAUCUCUCAGACACAGAGGAACUAGUAACCUUUCUCCAAGGGCUUAAAGAAGAGGGUCACAAGCCCACAGUGCUACGAAGUAAAGAUGUGUAUGGAUAUAGGUCUUGUACAGCCAAAACACUACCAGAAGAGAUGUACUCUACAGACAUGGCUAGCAAGGGUUCAAGGACAGGCAAGAAGAGGGGAAGGAGGAAGAAGAAGAAGAAGGAGUCUAACAAGUACGCAUCGUGGAGUACUAGUGCAUCAGAAUCUCACAAGGGAUCUGUCUUUUCCAGAUGUCCGGUUAUGACUAUUGAACCUCCACCGGUACAGCAAUGUCUGAAACUAACGAACAUUACAGGUUUGAGGAGGGGUCACACUGCGAGACUGCAGAUUCACUCUCAACCUCCAACACUUUCAGGGAUACCGUUGCUGCCUUCGCAGAACAUGGGUAGAACACCAAAAGCAGUGGCGUUGGUCGGUCAAAGGUAUCAUCCCUUCUGUCCGGAAUGGAAUGGAGCCCUUAUCGGAGACUCCGCCCCGGUGAUAUAUCAAAACGGCCGAGGAGUUUACGACUACAAGAUUGACGUGUCGAACCACAGACGGUCCUGGAGGGAUGACCAGUCUCUGUGGGUGAUGAAUGAUCAGGAGGAGUGUCGUCUAGAUGAGAACAGCCUGCGGUUGAAGGUGAUCAAAGUGGACGACUGCGUCACGGUGGAGGAGCUGAGGAGGAAGGCCCAGAGGAUCCUGCAGGUGAACCUGUCCCCUGUCAUACAGAUACGACCGCUGUAUGAAACUGUAGCGGAAUAG